UUAUUUCAGUCAGACUUCUGUGUGUAAUUUGCGAUUACAACGAUAAAAAUUGAAUAGUUGUCGCCCUAUACCUUCAAAAACAGUCCCAAGGACAACUUGUUAUGAUCAAACCUCACAUUGGAAACGUUAUUUAUGAGUAACAUUUUUCAUAAUUUUAAACACAGAAUGGCACAAUACUGAGACCACGGAACUAUUGUAUAUUGUUUAGCUCUGUAUCAAAAUACACGAUUGAAAGUGAUCGAUUCGGAAGAACGGAUUACGUGAAAUGAUAUAUGUCACUUAUCACAUGUGUGUCAAAAAUCUGCAAGAAGUAACGAAAUCUGAAACUGAUCAAAGUGAUCAGGAAAUCAAUUAGCACACAUUUUGACAAAUUAGGUGAAACUGAAGAAGUGAUUAUCAGUGCAUGAGCAGACGACCCUCUUGAAAACAAACAGCCGAAAUGACCCCUGAAAUGGUUGAGGUAGUUGAUAUAUGGAUUGGAUAAGACUGAACUCACAAAGAUCGACUUGUGAAUAACUAGGACCGGUAUUCAAUCUAUGAAAAGACUUCAUCUGAGAGCUCGGUCUUGGUGACAUAUUGCAACAGUAGACGUGCGUUUGUGUGGUAGUGCAACUUCCGGCUCCAAAAUAAAUUUUCCAGGAAAGUUCUGCUACGGGCGUGCUUUGGCCAGCAUGUUGGACGACGAUGAGGCCAGCGGUAGUGGGGCUGAGAUGGGAAGUUCCCCCUCUCAGUCCAUCAUCAGUGGCGGGUCGGAACUGUUCAAGUCUGUUUUGGAUGAUUUCGUCUUUGAUGAGGCCCGUGUAAGUAAAAUAGAAUUCAACCGCUACAAAAACAAACUUAAACAAGAUAAGCAUGACGAAGAGCACGUGAAAUCUCGUCGUUGUGACAGUUGUCAGUGCGUGUUGGCGUUCUGCAAGUGCGCCCUCUAUCACGGUAAUGAGCGGAAGUUCGGGCACAGGGUCCAUUGGGCGGAUGAAGUAUGGGAGAAGCCGCUGUAUACAGCAUUUACAGAUUACCUGAACCAUGACAGCGAAACUGAUAGUGAACAUGAACAUGAUGACGGACGUAAAAGACGCACCAGUAAAGGAAACAAUGAGAAUAAAACAGCCAACAAUGACAAAAUUGUGCAGUGCAAAACUGAUUUUCACAGCAUGCCCAAACCAAUUCUGAAGCAUAAACCUACAUGUAUAGUUAUAGUUUCUGACUGAUAAGGAAGUGAAUAUUUCGGUAAACUACUAAUACUUGCAGUCUGGGAAAUGCCAAACGAAACUCUGAUUGACAGAAGUAUUGAACAAGUAUGGCCCAUGUCCAGGGUUAUUGUUAGACAUAGAGUGAUAGUGUGUCAAUUACAAUUGAGUUGUGUUUUUCAUGUAAUUGAUUGAGUGACCGAGAUGUUUGCCUGUAUGACGGGUGAUCAUGUACCUUUUCACUUUUAACGAAAUUGAAUUCAAAACAUUUCAAUAAUUUACAAAACGCUUUGGUUCUUAGUACAAAGACAUAAUGAAUUAUAGAAAGAAUACGUUUAUUCGUACAAUUGAUUGAAUGUGCAUUUUAAAGAAAUUCUGAUUCAUUUUAGAAUCGAUCGACUAGGCUAAGCUUGGUAUACGUACUGUUCAUUAAACCUUCAUAUCAUAAGUGUCAAUGCCAUACUAUCAUACGACAAUGCAUUUAAAGUGUUCAUAUUUAAGACAUUCACAUUGUGUUGAUUUUGUAUUGUAUAAUAUUCCAUUAAACUAUGGAGGCAAUGGGUUUUCUUU